CAGUAGGUGGCGGUAAUGCACUAUUUUAGUUGGAUGCCAACCCCCGUAAAACAACAGUGAAGAAUAGGAAAAUAAACAUGGCGUCCGGACAGCAAUGGGUAUUGGUGGAAAUGGUGCAGGCAUUUUAUGAGGCACCCGCGUAUCAUCUGAUUCUGGAGGGGAUCCUCAUACUGUGGAUCAUCAGACUUCUGUUCUCUAAAACCUACAAACUUCAUGAGACAUAUAAACUGACAGAGAAGGAAAAGGAGGACUUGAUCGAGGAGUGGCAGCCAGAGGCUCUUGUUCCUCCCGUUUCCAAAGACCAUCCCUCCCUCAACUACGGCGUUGUCACAGGGUAAAACAGACAGAAAGCCCCUCUGCUUUACUUACUGCUUUUAAAUAAUAAUUGAAAACUCAAA